AUGGACGCAGCCACAGCAACGUCGAUGCAGCGUGUCCUCGAAGUGGAGUGUCAGGGCUGCACGGUGCUUGCCGUCAUGGAUCAGCUCCAGCACGUCGAACGGUAUGAUCUGGUGGCGCUGGUGGAUGCGGGCAGAAUAGUCGAGUUGGGUUCGCCCGCGGCGUUGCUUGCGCGAGACUCGGAAUUCUCGAGAUUAUACCAUGCGCAGGUACGCCCCUAG